CUAAAUUUGUCAAAUUACGAAGCAGGUGAAAUUUUGAUCGUUUGGAAGUAGACGUGUUGUUAGGCCAUUGGAAAGGAAAGGAAAUGUGGGCUAAGGUGACAAGGAACUCUGGGAUUGCUAUUUGCUUCCUCCAACAAAAGACCAGUUGAAAGACAAGAUGGCGGAAUCAGUUGUGAAUGAAACCGUGGCGAAUCUUUCAGCAACAAUGAAUGAAACAGCGAAGAAUGUCACUGGAAGAGCCGCGGCAACUACAGAGGGAAUGUUAAUGGCGUAUUCUAGUUUAGUUUUGAUGGCGCUAUUACCGAUCUUUUUUGGUUCUUUUCGCUCCGUCAAAUGUCUGAUCGAACAGAAGAAAUCUGGAGAAAAGCCAGAAAGCAUGACAUCUAAAGAUGCUGCCAUGUUUCCACUAAUUGCCAGCUGUACUCUCCUGGGCCUGUAUAUCUUUUUCAAGUUAUUUAGCAAGGAAUACAUUAACUUACUUCUUGCUUUGUACUUCUUUGGUCUUGGUGUACUGGCAGUAACUCAUCUGCUCAGACCAAAUGUCGAGCUUGUGUUACCAGCAGCAUUUCCAAACAAGAACUACACCCUUGAUCUUUUAGAAGGAAAGGGUGACAAGAAAUCAGAAUUGGUGCACUAUGAGUUUGACAGAAUAGACCUACUUUGUCUUGGUAUCUCAGCUGUUUUGGGAGUGUGGUAUUUAUGGAAGAAGCACUGGAUUGCCAAUAACAUAUUUGGUCUGGCCUUCUCUCUCAAUGGAGUUGAGCUCCUUCAUUUGAACACAGUAACAACUGGCUGCAUUCUCUUGGGAGGUCUCUUUGUAUAUGACAUAUUCUGGGUGUUUGGAACAGAUGUUAUGGUGACUGUUGCCAAAUCCUUUGAGGCACCAAUCAAAUUGAUUUUUCCAAUGGAUCUCCUUGACAAAGGACUAUCUGCAUCCAACUUUGCUAUGCUUGGACUUGGGGACAUUGUUAUACCAGGGAUUUUUAUUGCACUUCUGUUGAGGUUUGAUCAUAGCAAGAAAGACAAGGCCAGCCGUGUGUAUUUCUACUCUGGGUUUGUUGCAUAUUUUCUGGGCUUGGUACUGACUGUUUUGGUGAUGCAUACCUUCAAGGCUGCUCAACCUGCCCUCCUGUAUCUGGUACCAGCUUGUCUGGGAACCCCAAUCACACUGGCUCUCAUAAGAGGAGAAAUUUCAGAUUUGUUCAAGUACGAGGACAACCCUGAGAAAGAUGCCAAGGAAGAAGACAAAACUAGUCAAGGAGAAAGCAGCGAAGAAGUCAACGGCGAAACAAAGAAAAUCCUGUAAUCGAACAUUACCUCUGAUGAAUUAUUGUGCUGUUAUUUUAAGUGUAAUAACUUAAUUUUAGAUUAAUUUCUAGAUUAAAGAAGAUCGUGAAAUCUGUAAAAGUAUAUGAAGUGCUUUGGUUAAUUAUGUUUUGUUAAACCAUCAUUUUUAAAUGCUCCCCCACGGACAUGUAUCACCCCCUCUUUCGUCGGAAUAUUUUUGUGUGACAUUCACCUUAAGCUUGAGUCGCCUACUGAGAGAAUGUUAUUAAAAGUAGAAGGACACAGUCUUCGCUCCUGUUCAAUUUCGUGAACAGCAAAACAUUCCAAUAUAAUUAAGGCUGGUAAGUUCCUCUUUUAGAGAAAGUAGGGUGUGUACCAUUUUCAAGAGGGUAUGUGAUUUUGUUCUUUAGGAAGCGACAUAUUCACUGUUCCUGGAGUAUCCCGAAGAUUUCUUACGAAGCAUAGUUUGUGUGGGGUUGUAAAUUUUAUCCUUAGCUCAAGCUGUCCUUUUCUGUUGUUUAUCGUAUGGUGCAAGUUUUAAACAGAGGACAAUAAAUCUUGCAUGGGGGUGAAACUCAGCAACAACGCAAUGUACCGAUUUGUGUUACAUGUAUGUGGGGAUGAAACUGACUCGCUGGGUAUCAUUAGGCACUUGUAUUUGGCUGUCUGCGUAUUUCCCAAACGAUGCAAUUACACGCGACUUUUUUUCCAUGUCACUUAAAAGCCAUCACUUAUCAUGACGGUCAUGUUUAACAGAUAGCGACCUUUAAAAACUAGUAAACUGCAGGAGGAACACGUAAAAAUAUUGUCGUAAUUCGAAGAAGAAUAUUAAGCAAGACAGUUUAUAAUCAUAUUAAAGUACAACUUUCGCUUAACUUUUGACGAACAUUAUUUAUUUCUGGCCAUUGAAAUAGAAUUAUCCCCUCGGAAGAAAACUGCCACGACAUUAAUAAACAACAGUAACAUUA